AUGAAACCUACUUUCUGUGCUCUGCUUUGUUCGGGUGAAUGCAACAGUGCCACCUUCAGUGUAAAGUACCAGACUUGUAUCACGUUUAAAGAGAAGUUUUUUGCUCCAAACAUUUUCUGGACAGCAGAUCUGGACUGGUUCAUGCUGUAUAGAGAUGAAUCAACUCUGCAGUUUGAAGACUGGAGGAUUGUCUUCAAGGCAUACAGUGGAAUUAAUUCGUCAUUUUACAACUUAUGGGAAAAAGAUGGUCACCAUGACGACGAGCCGCUGUCCAGUGACCUGGCCAUGGGAUGUUACAGAUGGGACAAGAAAGAAACGUGCACAAGUCAUUUUAGGAGCUCAGUUCUGGACAACUGGACAAACAUUGAAAAGGUAAAAUUUGCUUUGUAUACCAACGCUUCAGAAGUCGCUUAUAUAAUCUUCAAUGGAACUUCAACCAACAGACAAUCUUGGUAUGACCGGAUGCUAAUUAUAGAAUCAAGCUGGAGUCUGUUGAAGACUGACACCCAAGCAGUGAACUUUAAUUUUCAAGGAUUGACAGUAGAUAACAAUUUCCGUCGCAUGAUUAUAUUUGGACCCUACGGUGGCUGUAACUACGACAGAAUGUACGUGUGCACCUUCGACACCAACUAUGAAGCAUGCAGCACUGACUGGAUGCCCAUCCCCUCCUACCCUCUGUUUAUUUACUCACUUCAGAACCAGAUGGUGAAAGUGAGCACCAAACCACCAGAAUACGCAGUAGCUGAGAUUAUGUCGGUCUUCGUUCAGCAGAAGCAGCCGUAGGAGUCAAAAUUCAGCGUUUGCAAACAGGAUGCGAAACUAAUUUAAUGAGACAAAAUUUUAUUGGUAACGUCUGCAAGAACUACUUCCUGUUGUGUUACGAAACUAAAGCUCUGAGGGUUAUUGGUGAACUGCAACAAUGCGAUGAAACUUUAUGAGGAAUAGGCUCAGGAUUAGGUUCAGGUUUAGAUCUAGCUUGAUGUUUGUGAAUGGUUGUAAAUAAAUAUAUAUUGAGCUUUAAAUCUAUACGUUGUAUAUAUUACUUUAACAAUACAAUAGAUUUGAAAUUGUGAAACAACAUUGAAUGUCAAGCGAUAGAGACUUUAAUCUCAAGUAUUGAUUGUUUGGAAACCCUCCUCUUAUCAGUUAAAGUCCUUUUAAUUUAUUUAUUUAUUACUGUGAGUUUUAAACGGAACUUUCAUGAGUUAAACUCUCAAUAGUCCUAAAUGGCUUUUUAACGACCAGUCUAGCCAGUCGAUUAUACUAACAGGCGCAGUGGUGACAGCAGAGACAUGGCGCCUGUAAAGCAUGCAGCCUUCUACAGCUGAAUGAGUCCAUUUAUAUAUGAGCAAGGUCAUCAUUGUUACAAAGCUUUAUUGUGAAUUGUUUUAUCUCCAACUUCCCAAUCUUGGACCAAGUAGAAGUUUUUUUAUAAUUAUUCAUUGGCGAAGACAAUACAUGAAUCAAUAAAACAAAGUUUAACAAUUAGUAAAUUAAUUACUGGUACUUACUAAUUUUGUUUGAUACCAAUAAGGAAAAAUAAUCCUUCUGUAUUCACAGAUAAGGCUAAAUAUGUAGGGUUUUGACGUCUUAGAUAAUUGUACACGUUAUUUCUCCCACACCAAGUCUCGGAUCAAGUUCAAACUUCAAACUAUUAUUUAUAGUACCUAUCAAAACGUCAAUCAAUUAAAA